CAUCUACCUACUCAGUGCUACUGUGGGUUCUGUUAUCUUGACCUCGGAAAACCUCCGUGUCGGCGCUGCCAUCGGGAACGGACUUCCGGGGCACACUCAGUGGGUGGGACAGCCAGCACCCAAGGUCCUCAUCUCGGAAUACUUCUCUUCGUACAGUUUCCGCUGAAAGACUGUGAGGAGGCAUAUUCCAGCCGGCAAGCGGCACCCUCACGAACGUCUUGUUUGGCUGGCCCCGGAAGCCAACGGCCUGCGUCCUCGGCGGUCACCGUGGGCCACCGUUACCCCUCGUGCGAGACCCACUGCGGACUCUACACCGACCAGGCCGGGGCGCGGGGGUUCGUCAGAAAUCAGGGCUCUUUUGUCGCUCACAAGAGGCUGGAAAUCGUGGUCAUGGGAAGAGAUUGA